CGAGCCGGCCGUGCACUCUGUCUUGCAUAAGAAUUAGGGAUGGUUACUCUUGUUGCUGUCCGGUCUGGUCGGGGAUGGCAGGCCGUCGUCCGCCUGGGAGGUCGUCAGCUCGAGGCAACCCCGGGUAGACCGGGCAGGUUGUCGGAGGCUCCGACGCGGUCCUCUGCGGCGCACGACUUGCAGCUUGGGAGUGUCCUGGCAGUAGUCGGCGACCUGGGCGCCGCCAGUCCAUCGUACACGAUGAAGAUGUGGGCGAGGAGGCGGAAGGAGGAGCGGUAGCAGGACGUGUUAGCAGGUGCAGCUCUUCUGGGCGUUCUUGGAUUCUAGGCACUGCUUUCAUCGUUAGUUCUGGUCAUUUGGAAGUUCUAUAAUACGGGCUUUCCUGCUUUCGUUUUUCCUUGCCUUGGGGUGACCACGAGAAGAGCACGGAAGGAGCCGGUGAGGGAACCACACCGCACACGGACGGCGGGGUGAGAGGCCGGCGCCGAGUUCGCGUCAAAGCUCUCGCCGGAUGUGCUUCUCUUCUACUUUCUCCAGUCCUUCACACCUGACAUGUUCGCCUUGACAGUCCGUCCUCGCCGUCGUCGACUAUGCAUGCUCUUUUGUUUGCCAGCGAAGGACGAUGUGCAGCCGUUGCCACAGUGGGUACAUCGGCCGUGGCGCUGCCGACUCCCCGGGCGGGUUCAUUGCGAUCUCCUGGAGUCUGGACAGUCGACUGCCUCCGGGUCGUUCCACGCGGGCGGAGCGAGAGCGACAGACAGCUACUGCGGCAACGCAGAGGUCCAAAGGAAAAGCUGAAGUCGGUGCUGAGCGACGCCGUCCAGGUCGGUGGCCGUGCGGCCCGCUGGUUGCCACACCGUUGACUCCAGCGGCAGCGGCGGCUCUCGCAACGGAAUGCUCACCCUCCUCGGUGGCGAGGAUGAGGCUAUCGUUGCCGCUUUUUGCCCACUUCGGCCGUCCUAUCUACACGGGCCGGCCCGGCAGCGGUGAGCAGUAAAAUCGCCAGCGCCGUGUGACGCCUCGACGCCUGCGUGGUAGAUCCCGGGCUGCCGGGCGCGGACAGUGGCGCGUUCUGCCCUUACACGAUGGCGGCAGCUCCUAUGUAUGCCGGCGUCGAGGAAGAAGAGGGUGGAGGACUGGAGGGCAUGCCCUCCAAGAACCUGAUGGUUGAGUGCCGGCGUUGUAAGCGCCUCAACAACCGUGAAUCGUCUCUCCAGGCUACCUCCGUCGUGCCCAGGAUCAUCAAGACAUCUAGAUUGACAGAGUGUCGAUCCUGGGGACGCGAUCGACUACAUGAAAGAGCUGCUGGAGAGGAUGUGGCGACUGCAGGAGGAGAGGAGGACGCGCAUCCGCAGCCAGCGUGUUCCAGGAGCUGAACCCGACGAGAUAUAUAUGGCCAGGAACAUCCCCGAGAUGAGUAAUCUAGGCGACUAGGCAUCCAUUGUCGUCAGCGGAGAGCUGGGACAUUCCUGCCGUAGAGCUUCAAAAAAUGGUGAUAGCAAGAGGAAAGUUGGCUGGUGGUUGCAGACUUGCAGUUCGAGGUGGAGCGCAAGGACGAGGGCCGCGGCCACGGCAACACCUGGGGUGGAGAUCUACUGCUCCGUUCUCUUGCCUACUUUCUUGACCCUCUCUUUACAGAUGCCUAAUUCAUUCUUGUUUCUUCGGUCUACUUAUUAAACGUGCGCAAUGCUCUCAGUUAGUAAUUUAAAACGUACACACUCAAUGACAUGUCAAGUUGAUUUUUU